AUGGUUUUCACCGAUGGUUCUUUCGCAAACAACAAGGACUUAUCCUCCCAACUAGGAUUCGUCAUUACCCUCGUUAACGAGACAAACCACAAAGAAAAACAGUUCGAGAUUAGUGGUAACAUCGUACACUGGAGUUCAACAAAGUGCAAACGUGUUACCCGUAGCGUCCUAGCAUCAGAGAUCUACGGUAUGGCCAACGGAUUCGACAUAGGCAUCUCCCUUGCGAUGACUAUGAAGAUAAUUACGGAACGACUCAACCUUCCUCCUAUCCCUCUCAUCGUCUGUACGGAUUCGUACUCUCUCUACGAAUGCCUAGUCAAGCUCGGUACGACGAAGGAAAAACGAUUGAUGAUUGAUAUCAUGGCCCUUCGCCAGUCAUACGAGAAGAGAGAGAUAACAGAUAUUCGUUGGAUCAACGGCGCAGACAACCCAGCAGAUGCAAUGACGAAAGCAUCACCAAACCGAGCCCUGGAACGCUUCAUCGAUACCAAUAGUCUGACAAUUCGAGUCGAAGGAUACGUACAACGUUCCUAA